ACUACAGCCAUCAGAGCCUUUAAGUACAACAGCCUCUCUCAGGAAUUAAGAUGAUGAGAAUGUUAUAAAUCCAAAAAGCUCCUUCCUGAUGUGUAAUUGGUCAGAGUACCAAAUAGUUUGGAGGUCUUGCACUGCUAACAUACAGCAUUCCCGGAACUGGCAACAUUUUGAGUGUUUAAGAGCAUUUACUCAAAUUAAAAACAUUUUAGUGGUCCACUUACUUGAAUUCAAGAUGUAUAAGCAGAGGGAUCAUGGUGAGCAGCAGGCUACAGUACCUGAGUUGAAUACUCCUGCAAACGUGGUGUAAUAGACUGAAAUAUGGAAAGAGGAACAUCUGCCUGCCCUAUGCCCAGCUUUUUGGUGGCUUUCAGACUGUUCUCUUGGCUUGGCCUAGGAUAGGAACAGGCAGGAACUUCGCAAGGGAUAUAAGCGAGGAGGUGAUCCAGCAGGAUCACCUGGAACAGGAGGUACCACCAUUAUUUUUUUUUGUUAUAGCUCCUUACUUUUGGAAAUUGUUGGAGAAACUGCCAUAAUUACAUGGUCACUGUACUGCCAAUCAGGGAAUGACUGCAGGAAUGACAAGAAAUAUGCCUAAAAUUAAUCUGUGGUUAAUCAUGAUCUGCUGAAUUAUGGCUAAUUAACCUACUCUGUGAUUCUGUUUAUGUCUACAUUACUCUCAGCCUACUAAGUACUGUGAUAGAUUUACCAUUGUAGGGAAUUUUAAAAUCAACACUGGAAGCUCUGCUGAAAGCUAUUCUGUGCUUUGAGCAGGAAUUUAUUCAGGAGAGUCCUAUGGCCUAUCUUAUGCAACAUGUCUAAUUAGAUAAGUUAAAUGCUCCCUUCUUGCCUUGCAUAGAAGAUAGAUAGAAUGAAUCACGAUUUGCAAUAUCAUUACGUGUUAUGUAAUUCUAAAAUUAUUCCAUAUACUGCAUUUAUACACACGGAUGAUUUUUUUCCCCAGUAGAAGUCAAAGAGCAACUGUAACUCCACACAUCUACAAUAUAUAAUGAAAUAACAAAUAUUAUUUGCAUUGAACAUCUAGAGAACAAACACAUAAAACAUGCCUUUUUUUUUGUUUGUUUGUUUUAAUAAACAGCAGAGUAUCAAACUUUGCAUCACUUGGCUUAAAAACAGUGCCAGAUUUAUCCCUCGUUUAACUCUGGAGAAGCUAAUUGAUUAAUUUUGUCCUCUGAUCCUCUGGUAGUUAAAUAACCACUUAUAUAACUAACUGUUCAAAUUCACAGUUUUAGUCAUAGUGUCUCCAAUGUGGCCUGAUGUUACAAUGAUGAUGGAUGAUAAUGAAAAUAUAAUAGCAGGUUCCUUCCCCAUUAUAAAAGUACUUGUCACAUAGGUAUGAAUUAAUUGAGUUUUGCACAGAUGCAGGGGUCAAAGAGGACCCAAUUCAGAGAAAAGUAUGUUUAUACCUGUCACGAUUUAGCCUUUAUAAAUAUGCACUGCAUCAUUCUAUUGUCUUCUUGGUACCUGCAGGUGAUUUUUUUUUUUCUCUGCUUUUAUUAAAGCCUUCCCUCUUAACUAAUCUAAUAACACACGAUUGAAAUACAGAUGAGAUUUUAACACCUGCUCCUCAGCAUUCCACUUUUUUGGCAAGUGAGUUGAGAGGGUCAAGUAGGGCAUGAAACAAUACUGAGAACGAAGCUGAGCUUUUAGAGGAGUUAAAAGGAGAACUCAGAAGGCAAAUUAACUUCUUUUAAAGGAAAAAAAAGUUAGGAGUGUGUGCACAAAACUGAGAUAUGAGAAAAGGUGUUAAUAACUUCUCCCAGCUUACUUCUCCUGUUACUAGAUCCUUUUCUCACUACAGCAGGAUAUGACACAGAGACUGCAUAGUACUGCCUUUCAGAAAGCUUCCAAGAUGAAACAUAAAAUCAGCACAUAAUAUUGACAGGGUAUGCCUCAAUGUGUUUGUUCUUUGCACAUUUGAGGAAAAGUGUUACUUCUGAGAGCAGCUGCCACCAGGUCCAUGAGCAAUGCAGGACUCCAGUGAUGUAAUAAGGCCACAACAGAGUUUCUGCAAAAGCCCAACACUGCUCUGCACCGUUACCUCUUGUGCUUCCUUUCUGCAUGCACCUCAGAACAGACAGGGGGCUCGAGGUUUGAUUCAUAACCCAUCAAGCCUGUGUGUUCUCGUCUGCAACUGCAGGCAGCCUGAGAAAUAGGAUGUGGGAGCCAAAGUCCCCACUCUACCUGUUCUUAUAUAUGACUAUUGGCAUAGUAGAGAUCCUACAGACUCAUCAGAAGGAAGAUUAUCUAGUUGGACACUGUAAUAUCAGGGUGCCAAUUAUUUGAGGAGGUAAGAAGAUGUCAUGCUGAUAAAGUGACAGCUAUGCUGUGGAGAAACCUAAGAGUCAAUUUAAGUGUACCAACAAACAACACAAUUUUGGGGGACUGAAAUGCCAGACACAAUUAGGGAAUGUGUCGCAUUAGAGCUGCACUGCUGACUGCCUGGCCAGAAGGGCACACAGAGGAAAAUCACAGGGCAUCUGAGUGCAGUGGUCACAAAAGCAGCGAUGCUUCAAUUAGCCUUCUAUCAACUGGUUACUCACAGUGCUGAAACCAGAUUUUCAGCAUCAUUAAGACCUGCCCAGCCAGAGAACUCCCAGGGAAGAAUCACAUCUUGCUUUGGUCCUGGGUUGGGCACAAGGCCCUCGUUUGGAGCACUACUCCAUUAUUCUUGUUGCACUACCAUAGAAGUGACAGUAAUGAACUGGAGUCAGCAUCUCUGCAGGAGACAUGGGAGCCAAAAAUCCACUACAGAAAUGUUUAAUUUCCAAAAAGACACUGAUGUAGAAAUAAAUAAGCUUGUUAGAACGGAAUUUAAAGGGGUGGCAGAAAGGGCUGUAGGUUUGCCUGAGGAAUAGAGAUUAUUUAGACCUCGAGCUGAAACACAGAACAAAUGCAGAGCAGCUAUCAGAGCAGAGUGAGCAGGACCAGCGCCAGACUGACACGGUUAAAUAGCACGGUAAAGAAAAUGAGAGGGAACCCUUUAAGAAAUUAAAGAGCAUUAAAAAUGUAAAAAUGGGAAGCAAUGUAUUAUAAUUUUAAAUUGAAGUUACCAUAAUUUUCUUGUUCCACGUGAAAAGCAGUAACUUGCUAAAGGCAUAAUAACUACUAAUAAACCAAUUUCAAAAGCCAUCAGGAGCAGAAAGCCUGCCAGAGGGUGGGUAAGGCCAAUACAUGAUGAAAAUACUGAAGAGAAAUACUAAAUUAAAAAAAGAUGCUAUAACAUGAAGUCUACUUGUACCAUUUAUUCUCCGUGGCACAUUUCUGCUUUGAGAAAAGACUUCUGAGUUUAACAGCCUCAUUCAACCCAUUAUUUCAUUAAAUUCCAUUCCAUAUAGCAGAACCACAAAUUCUGAAGUCACCUUAAGGUCCAAGAAUUAGCAGAAAAUGACAGAGAUAGACAAGACAAUGACUGAGAGAGCGGCUCAAGAAAAAUCCUGAGCCUUACAGGACUGUACAGACUGGAAGACAGCUUCAGACUGGGGGACAAAAACUGUCUCUAGAGGUUUAAUUCCUAAUAUGGCCAAGGAUAAAUGUGUAAGUAAACGUGGCUGUGCUGCAGCAAUCUCUGCCUGCUGGCUCCUCGCUCAGGACAAAAGAGCCGACAUGGUUUCCAAGGUGAGGAAUGUUUGGGUGGUAUUGAAUCACGUUGGAAUGAAUAAUGGAGUUGCUCAUAGAAAGUAAAAAUGACCUUGAAGAAUUAAAGCAAGAGCAGGAAGACUUUCAGCCUGAUACCUGGAAACUGGAGGCAGUGGCUGUAAGGGAUCCUGUUGUGGUUAAUGCGUUGGGGCCACUGCCAAAAUCUCUUUGUAGAAAUUCCUGUUAGGAUAUGAAUGCAGAAAUGAAACAAAUGAUUUGCAGCAAGCAGGUCACUGAGUUCCAAAGGAUAGAGAACAGAAAAAUAAUGUUAUGCUUUGGCAGUCUCCAGCAGAGAUGGUAAAUGGCUGGGAGCAGAAAUAGCAGCUAAACCUCCUUGAUUUAAACUCCUCCAAGUCCCCUGGAUGCUGAAGUCCCUCCUCUGCACCCAAAGCAAACGCUGAUCCUUGGUUGCUUGAUCAACACUUUGGCAGGCUGCAAAAAGUAACGACAAGAGCAGCAGCACGGCAGAGAUAGAGACAGUUCCUACAGAUAGAGACUAAAGCUGUGAGGAAGGGCAGGUGAAAAGCAGCUCGCAGCUCUUCAGUUGGAUUUGUUGUGAUGCAGUCCUAGCCGCUAAAUGAGAGGGAGCAGAAAGGGCAGGGAGGUUUUUGGAGAGAAAGCAGGAGGAAAGGAAUAGUACUGCAUGAUACUACUUGAGAUUACUACCAGGAGAGAAAGAUCUCUUCAGGAAAGCAGUGCACUUUAAAUAUGUCAGGAAGGCAUAAGUGAGCUUCACCCAUAGAGCUGCAGAAGAGGAGGGACAUUGGCACAGGUUUGGUGUGGAUGAUAGGGCUAAAUACAAUCCAACAAAUAAAUGUUGCUUUGGAAACUGUAGAAGACUCUUUGCUUUUCCAGCUGACUCUUAGCAUUUGGCGUUGGACCCAACAACAGAGUUAAAAUUGUUUUCACAGACCAAUAAGGCCUAGGACAAUUUAUAAGAUUUGGCAUGGCAAUUCUAGAAACAUCUAGAGAACAUAAGAAGAGAAGAUUUACUGCACGCUACAUGUCUCUGUGUGUUGCAUCUGACAGCUAUUUUGGGGCAAGGCAGAACCUUUAAACGAAAGGCGAUAUGUUCUGUGUGGCCACGCUGAAGUAUUUGGAUGUGCUAACUGCAGCUUGGGAACAAGCAAGAAGCUCCUCAAGAUAAGUUGGAUCUUUUUGGGAUAGGGAGGAGGAAUUCCCAUUGGUGGCAAUGAAACUGAGACAGCAGAGGACCAGCUGACUCCCCAGCUAUGCAGAGUGCUGCAGAUUUUUCAGGUCAUGCUCAUAUUACAGCAAAUGUCGGGGUUGCCAAUGUCACAGUACCUUGCAUCAAGUUAGGUGGGAAGAAGAAACCAUUCCAUUGGUCAAUAGAGUACGAUUUAGCAAUUUUGGAGCCGACAGGAGCUUGUGAUGGUGUCUAUCUUACAAAUCUAAAUCUUUUCUUCCUUUGAAUGCAUACAGUAGUGCUUUAGGAGAACUCCUGGCACAAAUGCACAAACAACACAGGAAUGGCUCAUUUUAGCAGAAGGCUGAAAGCCCUCCGGAGAUAAACUACUGCAUCACCUAAGAGGGACUGCUAACCAGGAUUAAAUGGCUGGGAUGUUUUCUUGCUGUUUAUAAGGAAGGGUUUAUAUUUAGAGCAGAUCAUGCAUCCACGAAGCUCAGGCAUCCUGAAGGAAACAGUCAGGUGGUUGUCUGAUUUCACCAUCACAGAGAGUUCUGGGCCACGUGUGGUCAGGCUGAUGCCUUGUCCAGAUGGCCUCGUUAGUAAAUUCGUUGCCAGCAGUGCUAAGCAGGGGAGAAAGAACUUCGCUGCUCAGGGGAGUGAGUGUGCUCCAAGAGGCAUCUGUUUCAUCUCCCCCCACAGUUUGCAAAAAGUGUCAUCAUUCCUAAACUGACCACCAAGAGAGCAGACUUAAAACAGAAAAAUGAGGCUUCAGGACUGCCAAUAGCCUUCUUUGGUCAUAGCAUCAGCACAGAGUGAGCCUGGGGACUUACACGGCUCAUAAAGUUCUCUGAGCUCCUCAAAAUGUCAGCAAUAGAACUCUUUGUAUUGGAAUCUUGUAAUUCAGACGUUAGGUAAUGCAAAGGGACUGAGCAGAGGAGCAGGUUACGGGAUGUGACAUGCUCCAGUUGUACCAGACACUUUGAAAGGGGAUUAUGGAACUAAGUGCUUUAAUGUCAAUAUAUAAAGAGCAUAAAAAACCCUUCCUCAAACUAAGACGGAGCUUUUUCGGCUAAAAGAUGGAUGGGUUUAGAAAAACAGUGCAGGAGAUGUGAUACUUACAUUGUCAGCCAAAGUCCUGCAGCUCAGAGUACACAGUGAGCUCAAAGCCAAAAGCAUUAAGAUGAUAUUGUCACCAACACUGCUAUAUGGAGGAGGCUGAGCAGACUCCCAGUAAACGCUCUCUCUGUUGUAUGUAUGAUGUUUGGGCUCCUUCCAAAAGUGGAGAUUAACUGAAGACGUCACUGCUAAUAAAUGCUGGGGUGAUGAUCUUUUGUUAGAAACAAAAAUUAGUCUCCUGUUCUUUUUUCCUUUGGUUAUACGAUUUGAUAUAGAAGGAAAACCCUGCUUAAGAGCCUACAUCGUUAAUUUUGAUUUGUAAUUCUCAGUUCACUUAUCCUUGUUUUGCCAGGCUUGAUCAGAAGAAAGCCUUUGUGAUUUAUUAGCAAACAUUUUGCUUUGAACUAAUUCAGUUUGUUUCUUCCUUGACCCAUUUUAGGAUAUGUUAUAUGGUGAGAUUUUUGUUCUCGUGGGCAGGCUGGGGUAAGUCUUUGCACAGUGACACAGCUGGAAGGAGUGGAAGAACGGAUUUCAUCUACUGCUACGGAGAAAGAGCACCAAAGGCAGCAAUACAUCCUCUGAGUAGUGUCAUUACAUUUGAAAUAUUUCUAACAAUCAAAUCAACGUGUCCGGCCAUACACUGCCUAUUUAUUUGCUAUUCAUAUUCACAAGCCUCUCUACUCCAUUUCAGGCCGAACAAGCUCUGUGCCCGCAGCAGCGCUCUGAGUGACUACUCAAGUCUGAGUGACUCCCAGGUGCUCUUCGGCUCCCAGUUCUGCCCAGAGAAUGUGCAGUCAGCAGCACCGCUGGAGCUGGGUAUGCAGCUGGGCCAGCACAACUCCCAGGACAGCGAGCCCAGUAUUUUUACCAAAUACCAAACAAAACCACAGCUAUUUGAUGAAGAUACAAGAGAAAAAGGGUUGCUUAAUUUUGGUGCAGGACAAGGGAAGAGAGUCCUGGAAAAUUUCAAAGCGAAUAACAACAAAAUAAAGGACAAAUACGAUCGAGAAGUGUUAAGCACCUUUAUUUCCAGCAUCAACGACAGGCUUCAAGGGCUGCAAGCAUGCUUGGACAAUACUGAAAAAGAGUUCAAUUCAAGAAACAAAUCAAUUUCUGUUCACCUGGAGACCAUUUCCAAGACACUGCAAGAUGCUCUUCAAAGUCACAGUGACAUGGUGCUGAAAGCCCUGGAAGACAAAAGCCAAAUGGAGCAGGCUCUGCUGGAGAUGGAGAGGAGACUGGCGGCUAAAGAUGUGGAGAUUUCGGAUGUGAAAUCCAGUGUCCUGCAGCUGAAGGAGGGUCUGGAAUCACUGCCAGCUCAGCUCAGUGACCACCACCUGAAGCUGUGUGAAGAAUUACGCUCCCUGAAACUCCCCAGUGCCUUAGCUGAGCUGCAGACCUUCGUGACCAGUGCCAAAGUCCCCCUCAGGAUGGUGGAUAACUCCUCUCAGACCUCGCCUGGCACAUGCCAGGACUGUGCCCCACGUCAGCAGAAAGCACACUGGCCGUGCUGCCAUGGUAUGGGGGGCUGCAGUUCCUUGGGUCUGUCUGCUGCAGGGAAGCAGCACGGAGUCACUGGGGACGUGACACCUCAGGGUGGACUCAAUACACCUUCUGAAAGCAAAGUCAGCCCCGUUGCUACAGCUGUGUAUGGUGGGGAGGUGGAAUCUGCUUUGGUAGCGCAGAGCUGCUCUCACCAACCGUGUGCGUGCAGUGCUAACAGCCAGUUUCUGGGGGACGGUCAGAAAAAGCACAUUCCCGUACUGCAGGAGAUAUCCCCAGUCACUCCUCUGAGGAAGGCAAUCCGCAGAGGUACCGGAGGAUUUAAACCCGUGACACCAUCACAACAGAGGCAGCCUCAAGCGUGCCAUCUCUUCGUGCAAAGCAACAUGUCUGGGCAAAGAGAUGGGAGCUCGUCCACAGAUCAGGAGCUGGAGAACACAGCUGUAGGGAACAAGGCAAAGCUGAAGCUGGGAAGGAUCGCCUGGAAUAAAGUAAUGGAGAGGAAGAAAACAUACCCCAGCAAGAGAAAAGGGGAGCUCGCCAGGUGUGCUGAUGGUGGGCUGAAGCAAGUAAGAGCAAAGAGGAUUAUCGGGUUGGGAAGCACAAGAAAAAUUGCUUUCCCAGAUACACAGUUGCUCUCAGUUUAGCAAGCUCUAACCCAAUUCCUGCAGCUCCCCAUCAACAGAUGCUCAGCAGUGCUCAGCCCAGGCUUACAAGGAGUUUCCUGCCAGUGCCGUGCUCCAAAAAAAGCAUGCUCCAACUUGAAGACCAAAGAAAGAGAAGUUUGGAAAACAAAAAAGAGUGAUACUCUCCAGUGUGAGAAGGGAUUUCUGGGAUUCCUCUCCCCAGGAGAGUCUGUUCUCCCUGUGCAGAACAGGUGAAAAGCAGGCGAGCUGUUCCACAGGCUCCACCAACUCGUGUCCUGGCAAUGUGCAGGGCACAGAAUGUUGCUCCUUAGUUUUUGAUAGUGAUUAUUCAGAUUGAGGGGUUUCGUUUUCAGAGCCUCCAGUGCAGACAUGGCUGUCUCUGCUGCUGCUUAUUCCUCCUGCUUAGUCUCCUACAGCUGAUAUUGGGAGCUCCUGUUGGGACUGCUGAGAAGGGCUGAGUGUGAGCACAGCCCCUUGAAAACAGGCAGGGCUCCUGCCUGGCACCCAAGCAUGUCACUGCCUGCUCAGAUCCAUCUUCAGGGACAGCGUAGGAUCUGAGGCUUGGAAAGCUGCGUGGGCCUGAGUUAUUUUACCCCCCACCAGAAGUGCCCCGGGCUCUGCUUACUGUUGUGUUCGUGCAGCAGAGAAGUGCCUGCACUCGGCUGAGACUUUCAGCCCUACACCUCUAAUAACAUCUUUGUAGCUGGAGGCUUUCACUCCUCUCUUACUCGUAGUCUCUGUUUUGGUUUGCAUGUCUGAAAGUUCUGACUUUUGGCUCCCUAGAAAGUAGGGGUCUUUUUCUGACUGGUUUUGGUAAGGUUAAGGUUUGCCCCAGGAGCUGUUUCUGAGCUUCGGGUGGAUACGGGCUCGGCUGAGGAAAGCAAAGUCCCAGCAACCCAGUGCAUGGACUGCUGUGCUUCUCCCUUGAGGCUGAACUUUGUUUCAGGAAAUUCAGGAUGUUGUUUAGUUUCUACCAUAGUAGUCUCAUGUCUCUCUUCAUGAAUAAAGGACGUGUCCAUCUUAAACUUGUCAAGGAUGGCUCUCAGACAGAAGCCCAAAGAAGCAAAGUCGAAAUUCAACACCUUCAGUAACUGAUGGAUAUUUCUCAUCCUUUAGAUGUAGUUCUUUGGCUCAGGAUCAUCCCAGCUGUGCAGAUGUUGAGUGAGGAGGGACCACCUCACCACCAGCCUGGGAUAAAUAGCUCGAGCCCUCGGCAGCCCCAGGAGCAAACAGAGCAGAUCUCGCUGGGUCACCAGCCGUGGAUCUGUUUCCACAGCUUCAAAUGUUUUUGCCCUUUUGAUCUUUGAUCUGAGCUGCUGCUGGUGAAACAAGCGUUUCAAUAUUGACAGAAGCGGUCUAUUGCCACGAACCCACAUGGCGCAGUGCUCUCAUCCUGCAGGGGAAGGCUGGGAUCGUUUGCCCAGCUUUAAUAAACACGUUGUUUCUUUGCAAAUGUCUCAUUUCUCGCUACUGGUUGCUUUUUUU